AUGGGUAACAUCAAUUUCAUCACUUUAACAUUUGAAGACAUGAAGAGGUACCGGUUUUUAAAUUGUAAUGUUACGUACGAUUUUUACAAUAUGUAUGCUAGGUUUAAUGGAUUUUAUGCCCGUCGGAGCGUUAUGAAGAAAAACUUUAGAGGAGAAAUUGUGCAGCAGAAUUUGGUCUGUCAUAAACAAGGACACAAAGAAGAUAGAUUUGGGGAAGAUGGAAUUCGGAAGUGUGAGCCUAGGAGGGACAUUAGGUGUGGAUGUUUAGCACACUGCAAGGUCCAUAUUGAUGAAUCUGGUCACCGUUGGGUUGCUAAACAUCUCGAUGAUGACCAUAGUCACUUGGUUGUCCGUGAUAAGCAUGUAGGUUUGCUAUCCGGUCAUAGGAAGAUGUGUGACAUGGAUGUUUCCCAGAUGAACAACAUGAUUGGAGUUGGUAUUUCACCUCCUCAGGUUUAUUCUUCAUUUACUGGUGAAGCGGGUGGGUAUCUGAAUGUAAAUUUUAAUCAGCGGAACAUGUACAAUGAAUUGGCUAAGAAGAGGAGAAAGCAGGUGCCUGAUGCAAGCGGUGCAUUUGGCUAUCUGCGUACUUUGCGAAGCACAGAUCCAGACAUGUAUUGGAGCCAUCAGCAGUCUGAGCAAGGAAACUUACUGAACCUGUUUUGGUGCGAUGGACAAAGUCGUACAGAAUAUAGUGUUUUUGGUGAUGUGUUAGCAUUUGAUGCUACUUAUACUUCUAGAAAAAACAAAUAUAGUUUCCCACUUGUGAUAUUAUCUGGAGUUAACCAUCAUAACAGGACCAUUGUGUUUGGGACGACAAUUGUAUCUGAUGAGAAAGAAGAAACCUAUGUAUGGCUGCUGGAAAAAUUUGCGGAUGCAAUGAAAGGCAAGACUCAUGUAUCUGUCAUUACUGAUGGAUGCAAGUCCAUGAGGAAAGAGAUUAGAAGAGUAUUUCCCAAUGCCCACCAUAGGUUGUGUGCAUGGAAUUUAUUUGAGAACGCAACCAGGAAUGUGAAGAAGCCCGGAUUCUUAGAAUUGUUUAAAAGAUGCAUGUUGGGUGAUUAUGAGGUGGUUGGGUUUGAAGAUAGGUGGGAAAAGAUGGUGAUAGAAUGUGAAGUUCAAGAUGAUAAUUGGGUGAAUGAGACAUAUGAGAAGAAGGGAAAUGUGGGCUUCUGCAUACAUGCGUGGUGCAUGACCUACUUUAGGUUCAAGGAGGUUGAAGAUGACUUUAAUUCAACACAUGGGGAUCAAGUGUUGGUGACAUCUCUAAAGGCACUUGAGAGGUCCGCAUCAAAGAUCUACACGUAUAACAUAUUCCUUCGUUUUCGGGUUAUUCUUCAAAGAGCUUCAACAUUGAGGGUUUAUGGGUUCAAGAGAACAACAAUCUGUGAGAGAAUGGAGUCAGUGGGCAUUCCUUGUGAUCAAAUUGUUUCUGUGAUGGUGCACAUAGAAGUGGUUGAGAUUCCUAAAGCCCUUGUUAUUGAUAGGUGGACUAUUAAUGCUAAGGAAUCUAUUGAGGUAUUUGGAGAAACUGAAAUGAAAGAAUGGGAUAAACUAACAGUCGGUUGA